AUGCUCAUUGUCAAUAGCAAGGUUUGUUGUAGCGGUGAGGAAAGUGGUGUGUUUGUCGUGAAUGGAGUUGCGUGGAGGGGGGCGGCCUAUUCACCAAAGAUUUGGUUUGCUAACGGGGGUGGUGUUUCUGUAAAGGUUUGCGGUGGUGUGGUGAGAAAAGGCGUUGAUCCUUCAAUUGUUGUCACCCGAAGGCUGCUUACCGGAGUGACAACCGUCGUUGGACCAUCGUACUAUGGUGUAUUGGUUGAAACGGUCAUCGAUGGGUGUGGUGAAGUAGUGGUGGUGAUGUCCGGUUCUAACGACAUCAUGGAUCUGACCGGGCUUCCCGGUGUUUUGCUGGCUUCACCGGUGCCUUCUGUCGUCAUCUUCAACGUUGAUGAUGUGUGGUUGCCGGUUGCUUGUGGUCACACACCGGAUGGCACCAAAUGA